CUCUGCCUGCAUGGAGGAAGCUGUUUUAUCAUCGUUAUCUCUGGUGUUAGAAUAGUUUGUGCUUAAUGUUGCUUUUGUAAUAACCUGUGAAACUAAAUGUUUCUCUUCAGUUUUAUUUGAAAUCAAACAAAAAAAUGUAGUUAAUUUCAGGGUUGUGGAAGGUGUGUGGUGUUUUGUAGGUCACAGUACAUUUCAUGUUGAUCUCAGUUAGAACAGAAAACAAGGUCAGUUUCUCCACUGUUAAUCUGUUCAAUUUAAUCUGAAUCUAUUGGCUUCGAAGGGAGGACAUUGCAAAAAAAAAAACUUUCAACAUGUUUAACAGAUUCAUUUGAACCAAAUAAUUUUCUUACCAUCAAGUAGUUUUGAGUUGAAAUUGUGAUUUGCUUUGAUGACCAGUAGCUGGACCUGACCUGGUGUUAGUAGAGUCUGGUUCUCUUUAGAUACUGAACAGAACAAAGGUGUAGUAGUAAUAAACAUCAAGUAGUCCACUGAUAUAUUAGAAAAUAUGCUGUCUAAAGGCUAUCAUGUACCCCUCAUCCUCUGUAUCAGUUUAAUUAUCUAAUUCACCUGCUGAAGGCUUCUUUAAUCUGUUUUCAUCUUUGUUUCUGCCUGAUCUGGACACAUUCUUUCCUCUUGUUCCUACCUCUUCAUGCACCUCAUUUACCUUCUGUGGACUUUGGGGGGUCUUUUUCCUCCUUCACAUGUGUGUGUGCUCCUUCCUGGCUGGAGAUUACAGAGUGCAGCGUAGCCCCCUUAGCAAUGGAGGACAGUGACCACGAGCCUCCCUCUUCAUCAGRUGAGGAAGACUCCUGCCCAUCCUCUCCUAAUCAAAGCAUGAACCAUAACGCUGCGCAGCAUUCGAGCCAUUCAGACGACUCUGAAGUGGAGAGCAUAAUGCACGAGCCCCCGCCACACGGAGAGCACGACCCUCACCAGCAUGGCCUGGAAGCUCACGAUGCAGACGGCCAGGGCCCAGACCGCCCCCACACCCCGUCUCAUCUGCGACCCCCCACGGCGGGUCGGGCCCACUCAGAUUCAGGUUCAGACGGCAGCCUUCCACAGAGCAGAAGUGUGGAGUUUGAGCUGCCGUCCCCCGUCAGUCCGUCCAGACCCAGGAGCCCCUGGGCUCUGUUUGACCCGUACAACAAUAACGAGGAUCAGGACAAGGAAUAUGUGGGCUUUGCAACGCUACCAAACCAGGUUCAUCGCAAAUCUGUCAAGAAAGGAUUUGACUUCACGCUCAUGGUGGCAGGCGAGUCUGGCCUGGGAAAGUCCACCCUGGUCAACAGCCUGUUUCUCACUGAUCUGUACAAAGAUAGGAAGCUGCUCAACGCUGAAGAGAGAAUCACACAAACAGUUGAAAUCACCAAACACACUGUGGACAUAGAGGAGAAAGGUGUGAAGCUCAAACUCACCAUUGUGGACACCCCUGGAUUUGGUGACGCUGUAAACAACACUGAAUGCUGGAAGACGGUGGCUGACUACAUCGACCAGCAGUUCGAGCAAUACUUCAGGGACGAGAGCGGCCUCAACCGCAAAAACAUCCAGGACAACCGAGUACACUGCUGCCUCUAUUUCAUUUCACCGUUUGGUCACGGCCUYCGGCCCCUGGAUGUUGAGUUUAUGAAGGCUCUGCAUGAGAAGGUCAACAUCGUCCCCGUCUUGGCCAAAGCAGACACACUCACCCCGAGCGAAGUGAAGAAAAAGAAAAUCAAGAUCAGAGACGAGAUCGAGCAGUACGGCAUCAAGAUCUAUCAGUUCCCCGACUGCGACUCUGAUGAAGAUGAAGAUUUUAAACAGCAGGAUCUGCAGCUGAAGGUGAACAGUUCAAAACAGCUGAAGGAAAGCAUUCCUUUCGCUGUAAUUGGCAGCAACACGGUGGUGGAGGCCAAAGGGAAGCGGGUGCGAGGACGUCUCUAUCCCUGGGGCAUCGUAGAAGUGGAGAACACGGCGCAUUGCGACUUCAUCACGCUGAGGAACAUGCUCGUGCGCACUCACAUGCAGGACCUGAAAGACGUGACCCGGGAGACCCACUACGAGAACUACAGAGCCCAGUGCAUCCAGAGCAUGACCCGCAUGGUGGUUAAGGAGCGCAACCGCAACUGCGGCGGAUGCAGGAGAUGCUGCAGAGGAUCCAGGAUCACAUGGUCACUCAGAACGACGGCCAUUAACGGAGGACCUCCGAUGAUGGAACGGGGACGUUCUGCACUCCACGCCUGAACAUCGACCCGGCUUCACGCAGGCUCCUCAUCACACGGACCCUCCGAGGAGGCGGUAAGACGUGACGACUCGAUUCAUUCUCCUCGGAACCAAUCYGGUCCUCCGCUCCGCUCCUCAAAACAUAUCAGAACUUUUCUUUCCCCACAUCGUCACAGKGGUGUCUGAAGGUUUAAUUACUGGUGACAGGAUCAUGUUUUAAGCACACUUUUCUAAUGUUUUUAGUUUCUCAUCGAUUUAAACUUUAUUCCUCUUAUUUUCUGUAUCACUCAGACUUUUAUUCAUGUCUCAUAUGUUUUAUUUAAUAGCACUCAGUUUGGCUUUAUAUGGAUUGUAUAGAUUAUAAUCUUUCUUUCUGCUGAUGUUUUUGUUUUACUUGGUUUUAUUUCGAUGUACAUUUGUUGUUCUGUUUGCCACCUCUGCUGCCUGACUUCAUGGAUGUUUAAUGUUGGCCAGUGAAACUCUCCCACCCAUCAGUCAUCAGCAGUCAUGAUGCCUUUUUUAAAAACAAUCUGCAAUAAUAAUAUUUCCCCAAAGCAGAGGUGUAGCAACAUGAGCCCAGGAUUAAAAAUGAUCUUAACGUUUGCAGAGAGGAGGAGCAGGGCUGCAUCGAUGGACGAUGUAUUUAUUUUUGCAUGUUUUUUUGUUUUACAAACUCAGUUUGCAGGUUAGUGUAAUGGGUGUUUGAGAAGCUAGAAAAAAGAAACAGGUUAUUUCUUUUAUUUUGCUCGUUUAAAGUCACGUUUUCUUCUGUUCGGUCAGAGUUGAUGUUUUUUUCAACACCAAGGAUAAAGUUUGGAUUUAUUUGUUUUGUUAAGGAUAAUGAUCAAAAUGACUUUCCUCUUAUUUUCUGUGAAUUUUGUUUAAAAAAACCACACAUUCCUUCUGUCGGGUAUUUUUUUCUGUUUCUGAAAUUGUUUUAUACUAAAUUUGACUUGUUUUAUUUUGUGUGUUUUUUUGGAUUAUAUUUAUGUAUUGAAUUUAUAAACUGAAUAUGAAGAGGAAAGCAUAAAAAUGAUGUAAUAAUUCAGCCGUUAUAUUGUAAUAAAAUAUGAAUAUAAUUUCAAUCGCAA